GUGGAUCUAUACUGCCUCUUUCGAUCGCGCAUGGCUGGCGGUGCGGUGGUGUGUUGGCGGUGUGUGAAAUCUGCUCCGUACGCGUAUCGUCUCGGCCCUUUCUUAUCUCGAAACGAAAUCUAAACGGUUACACGAUUUAAAUAUACGAUCGACGACGUUACGAUGUUUGCGCGUAACGCCUAAACCGGGUUACGAACGGACGAAACGAAUGUCCUUGCCCCGACGUAAGGAGGCUGUACGGAGUACCGAGAACUCGACGACAGGCACUGGUCGCUACAAACGACAACCCGUACCUCAUCGACCGAUCUGACUGAUUUUUGAGAUCCAGUCACCGAAAACUUCCAUCAUUCCGUCAAUAACCGUGUGCCGACCCGCAGGGUGGCGAUCGUUCGAUAAGGGUUCUGUUUGCGAUAGACUGGUUGGUCAGUCUGCUGGUGAGUGCUUGAAUAACUGCGACAACUGGAAGUUGGCCCUGAAUGCAGAGCCCCCGUGGCUUUGCUAGCACCCCCACAGUGAUCUUGUCUUAAUCCGCUUUCCCACGACUCACCCGAUUAGCAUUGACAGCUGCCUCUUUGCUGUCUAGCACCUACAGAGUACUGAUUAAUUAAAAAAAUUAUCAGUUCAUUCAACAUGAAGGUAACAAAUCUCGAUGAACGCAUCCAUGUAUUGGAUAGUGAAUCCAAUGUUAUGACUGUUAUCGAAAAUAUUGCAAUGAGUGGCUUACAAGAAGAAGCUUUUUAUGUAUUGGAUAUAGGAGAUAUUGUACAAAAGCAUCAAAUCUGGAAAGAAAAAUUGCCACGAGUCGAGCCCUAUUAUGCUGUAAAGUGUAAUGAUAAUUUGAUGGUAAUCGAGGUAUUAGCAGCCCUCGGUGUCGGUUUUGAUUGCGCGUCUAAGAAUGAGAUAAAUAAAGUAAUGAGUCUUGGUGUGGAUUCUUCAAGAAUUAUUUUUGCUAAUCCGGCUAAACCAGCUUCACAUAUUCGUCAUGCUGCUGCAAUGAGAGUGGAUACUAUGACGGUAGAUAAUGAAAACGAAUUGCACAAAAUCAAAAAACUUUUUCCGACGGCCAAGAUUGUUAUACGAAUUCGUUGCGAUGCGGAAACAGCCCAAUGUCCGCUUGGCAUGAAAUUUGGCUGUGAUCCGAUACACGAGGCUCCUAGUCUUUUACGCCUUGCAUAUAUGUUGGGUCUUAAUGUAGUUGGCUUUAGCUUUCAUGUUGGUUCCGGAUGUCAAGAUCCACCGAUAUACCAUUGCGCUAUUCAUCAUUGCAAGAUAUUAUUCGAUAUGGCUACUAAUCUCGGUUUUAAGCCAUAUCUUUUGGAUCUUGGUGGUGGUUAUCCAGGCGACAAAGGCACAAGCAUUGACAAAUUUGCUGAGGUUAUCAAUAAAGCUCUCGAUGAAUAUUUCAAUACUGAUGCUGUUCAUGUGAUUGCUGAACCGGGCCGUUUUUAUGUCGCGUCUGCAUUCACUUUGGCAACUAAUAUUCAUAGCAAACGUUCUAUACGAGGAGACAUAAAUUCUUCCAAUACUGUUACACAUAAUAUGUAUUAUAUCAACGAUGGUGUUUAUGGAUCAUUCAAUUGUCUGUUGUACGAUCAUCAACAUGUCACUCCCAUUCCUCUGAAGAAUGGUUGCGGAAAGUUGAUUCCUUCAAGCAUAUGGGGACCGACGUGUGAUGGAUUGGAUAAAGUUGUCGAAAAUAUUAUGUUGCAUGAUAUGGAACUUGGCGAUUGGAUAAUUUUUGAAAACAUGGGUGCUUAUACAUUACCCGUUGCUUCUCCUUUCAAUGGAUUUCCCAUUCCUAAGGUUCACAUUGUCACUGAUGAAGAUAUUUGGCUUUUACUGAAAGAUGUUCUACCUUUAACUGAAGAUCACUUUGUUAUUGGCAACACACCAGCUAAUUUACGACUUGGACUAGAUAUUGGAGGAAAUGAUAUUAAUCCGUGGAGGGAUACUAAUCCAACAAUGGCAUUGACAACGCCUGAAAUUUUAACAGAUACUUCUAAUAAUCCAUCACAUUUCAUCUACGAUUUUAUCGAGCCACCGCUAAAUUAACUUUAUUAUUUCAAAAAUAUUUUGAAGUAUAUAUAUAUAUGCAUUUCAAACAGAUGCAUCUUUCCAGCUUUUGCUAUAUCAAAUAAUUUUACUUCUUAUUUUCUCUUUAAAUUUAACAAAUGGUAAGUGCGCAUAUGCAAAAAUUAUUUUUAAACAACGUAAUUUUACAUUAUUUUGUUUACUUUUGAAAUUUUCUCUCUAAAAUAUAUUUAUAGAUAAUUUCAUAACUUUAAACGAAUAUAUAUAUAUUCAAAUUUCAAACGAAUAUAUAUUUAACUUUAAAACAAGCUUUGACAUAGUUACAAAACUUUUUUCUUGAUCAAUGCUUCAAAAUCGCUUUCUUUACUUUUAUUAAAAAUACGUUUAUUUUUUAGUAGUAACAAGAGAAACUGCAAAUUAAGUACAGUAUUAAAAAUAAUUUUUUUGACAUUAUUAAUGAAAAAUAAUAUUUAUGAUUUCAAUAUUUCUCUUAUUAUAUGAUGUGACAUAAAAUAUCAGAAUAGAUAAUUUAAAUAUGCCUCUUUAUAUAUAUAAUACAGUAUAUUAUAACUUCUAUAUACAUUUCUAGAUAUAAGAAUUGAUAUUUCAGAGAGAAAAACUGCUUGUCAAAAAUUAACUUUAAAGUUUUUUUUGUAAGCAAUUAGCGCAUUUAACAUAGAACAAGAUAUGAAUUUUGGCAUGAAUUAUAUAUACAUAGAGCUCUCUUGGUAGUGAAAUGAUAUAUCACUUUUUCCAUAUUGAAAAAAAAAAAAUGAGAUGGCCAAUAUGUAGCAACGAUAUAAACGUACUAUAAUUGUUUUGUGUUUUGAAUAUUUAAGAUAUGAAAAAAGAAUAAUUUUAUAAAAGGCUUAUGGGAAUCACUCGGGGCAAGUUAACAAGUAUUUUUCAAAUUAUAUAUUUUUUAAUCUAUGUUUUAAGGCAUUAUAAAAAAAAAAGAAAAAAGAAUAGAGAAUCCAUGAAAAAUUGACAUGUACAACAUAUAUAUGUGUACUAUACAAGAUGCACAAAGGCAUUCUCUAAAAUUCACUUGCGAACUCUGUAGGAUUGCUAGGAACUAAACAGCAUUGAGGCAGCUGUCACAAGAACCGAAAGCAAUUAAUUUUUUAUUAUUAUUCUUAUUAUAUAUCUAUUAUUAUUAUUAUUAUUAUUAUUAUUAUUAUUAUUAUUAACAUUAUUAUUAUUAUUGUAAUUAUUAUGAUAAAUUAUAAUUAUAAUCAAUCAAUUAAUAAAUAUAAUGAAAUACAGUAUCAAUGCAAGAUUCUA